ACAGGAACCAUAGGAAGGAAGGCGAAUAAAUCAAGAUGGCGUUCCACUAUGAAGCAUGAAAGAGAUUUCGAUUCCAAUAACAUUUAUUUUAACAUAAAGUUUGAAGAAGGUGUCUUUGCUUUGAGGUGUACGUACGUUUUUGGAGAAGCAAGACGGAGCAGAUAAUACGGACUCUAAAUGGCUGCGAGGAAGUCUGAUACCCACAACAAUGGACCCAUCAGCUACCUUGAUGACGUUCCAUUUAAAAUCAACGAUAAGUUCCGCUGCCCUGCCAAAGUGGGUCUUCCUGUUGGCUUCUGCCUGCCCGACUGUCUCUCUGUGCUUGCAGACCUGCAGUAUGACUUCUCCCUAGAGAGGAGGAGUGUGCGCUGGGGGGCGGAGCUGGCCGAGGCCAGGGCGGCAGAGGCUCGAGCUGCAGAGGUGGCCAGGGUGGAGUUUGAGAGCAGGGAGCACUCACCCCCCGCACAAGACCCUGACGGGGGAUUGGCCGGCGGGGGCAAGAGGCCUCGCCCCGCCGAGGAGCAAGAUGCUCUCCCGCCCGCAUUGAAUCCGCUGAUGGCCGCACUGCGCCUCAACGCCAUCCUCACCCCGCUGCCCGCGCCCGCCAGGCAGACCGCUCCCAGCAUCCCGGAGCCCCAGUACCUUAACCUGGCUGACUUUGAGCGCGAGGAGGACCCCUUCGACAAGCUGGAGCUGAAAACGCUGGACGAUAGGGAGGAGCUGCGCAACAUCCUCCAGAGCCAGCCCCAGCAGCAGUCUGUAUCCCCACCUGGGGAACCCCAGCCCGAGCUGGCAUCGCGAGGCAGCACGCCUCCACCCCAACUCCCCGCCACCAGCCUUCCGGCAAAAACGGCCUUUUCCCUCAACGGGCUGGUGGCGCAACUGGACAUGGACAGAGCUGGGAGUCUGGCCCAGGGACGGACAAUGGACCCAGACCGGCCCUGCAACAUCCGCUCGCUGACCUUCCCCAAGCUGUCGGACCAAGGGGACUUGUUAUUUGACUCCUACUCUCCAGCCCCUGUACCACCUAGCCUAUCCACCGGCAGCCCACCGGCACCCCAGCAGAAGACAGAGGAGCCACCCAGGCACACCCAAAAUGGGGCACCAAAGCAGAUAAAUGCAGGUCCUCUCCCGUGCGGCGCGGCACUGCUCAACCUGUCUCCCAGUGGGCGGCAAUGUGUGGAGACCAUCGUGUCCAUGGGGUACUCCUACGAGGGGGUCCUGCGGGCCAUGCAGAGGCGAGGCAAGAAUGUGGAGCAGGUGCUGGAGUACCUGUUUACUCAUACGCGUCUUUGUGAGCGAGGAUUUGAGCCCAGUGCCGUAGAGGAGGGCUUAGAGAUGUACCAGUGCUCUGAAGAGAAGGCCUUAGAGUUCCUGUCGCUGAUGACGCGGUUCGGCGAGAUGGGCUUUGAAAGGGACACCAUCAAGGAGGUGCUACUGGUGCACAACAAUGACCAGGAAAAGGCUCUGGAGGACCUCAUGUCCCGUGCCGCAGCCAGCUGAGCCCCCCCUUCAACCAUCCUCCCACCCCACACACACACACACGCACAACCCCCAUGUUUCAACAGUGUUGCAGCACAGAGGGGUGAACUCCGACCCAACGCAGCUCAUGACUUCCACUCAUGAUCCCACUCUGUUCCACUCUCACACAGUGACUCUAAGCGAGCAAACCCGUACACUUCCAUAGUCUAUUCUUCUGUUCUUAGAGUGUGGGGGGGUAAAUGGAAGAAUAUGAGGAGCACCUGCGAGUUGAGGUGGUUGGUUUGUGCUGACCACACCAGGGAAACUUGCCAGUUUUUUUCUUUUACAUUUCCUAGCAUGUCAAUCGACGUGUGUGCACCGUGAUGGUUGGAAAGGUGGCAUGAACUUCCCAAAGGAGCAUAGAGGAGGAGACCCAAUGCUGCACAGCACUUUGGUGAGUGUGUCUGACUCUGUGGAUGGGGACAAUGGGCCCCGAACUAGGAGGAACCACUAGCCAGGCUCUACUUUCUACAGAUGCACAGUUAACACUCCCAGCUAACUAAGCUGCCAUCUUCCGCUGCCCAACAUAGGCCUACAAAAUAGUAGAGUGGAGGGGACGCCAAGUGGCCCAUGUGUGACUAACUGACCGACUGACGCCAGAACCUAAAAACACAACUGGCAUCGUCGCAGAACAGAGAACGGAGUUCAAGAAGUGCCCCCUCUGUUCCCGCGACUGGCGUUCCCCGAUCUUCCUAAUCUUUUCUCUGCUGUCGUUUUGCUUGUUAAUUUGUCAGUUUGUUCAAAAGGACACGCAUUGUUAUUGUUUCCCGAGUCCUUGUAUAGAGAUUCUUUCUUUGCUUUCUGUUUUAGGAACUGCAUUAACAAACCUUAAAAGUAAUAAUAACAUAACUGCUACUACUGCCCGUUGGCUUGUCCUGCACUGGAACAGACUGCAAGACCAGUGGAGAAGAGGUGGUCAAAUUAUUUUGCAGGAAAUAUGUCCAAACACAUACACUCACUGGCACAGAGAAGUGUGACAAACUGCAGACACACACACACCUCGCCAACAUAGAUAUUGACUUAUUUAAAAUUACACUGACAUUUUAGUAAUAAAGAGAUGAAAUAUGAUCUAAAAUGAGAACCUUGUAUGAGAAGCAAGCACUAGGAUGCAAGUGGUGCUUUGAAAUGGUCCCUUUUGGUUUUUAUUCAGACUGGACAGACAGCUGAGCAAAAAUAAUUGUUUUUGCAACCUAAACUUUUGUGCAAUAUGUUUUAUGAUGUGUGACUGACUGGCAUAUUUUUGGGACCCAGUAAACCUUGGGUCUAAGCAGUGAGCAACUCCCAAAAUGACAGAUUGCCUUUGCUGGAGACACACUCACUGGAGGAGGAAAUCUAUAAAAAAAACAUUUGAUUUAUUUGUCUGCUGUCAUUUACUCCCCUCAUUACUGAAGAUCAGGCUCUGCUAUGAACUAUGAUUGUGAUCUUUGUAACACAUUCAUGCUGACCUGAAAGUGUUUGCCUCUUUGCUUGGUGUCAUGCAUAGGAAUCGGACUGGCAAAUCUUCCAAGAACGGGUCAGAAGAUCAAACAGCUUGUCAGUUAAAUUAUUAACCAAAUUCAUUAAGGUGAUUUAUUUGAUUUUAUAAUUGUAUUUCAUAUAGCUAUGUUUUCACCUUGCAUCAACCCUUUUUUAUUGACCUGUGUGUAUGAGUCUACAGGUGAUUUUGAAGUGCCAUGAUGCUCUCCAUUUCAUGUGUGAAUCUUGUGUGCAGAAAGCACACAAGAUGCCAAGCCACAUGGAACAUGGUGAUGGUUGAGGGAAAAUAAAAUGCUGGCCUGCUUUCUGUAUUGUGGACAUUAUUGGGUCUAAUCUUAACUUGAGAUCUUGGUUUUGUGUACAAGCCUCGGAGUCAGUGAGAGACUUGAAGUGUGGGUCUGAUAUGACAUCUGGAUUUUGAUGUCUUAAUUAUAAAAAUAAGGAGUUGUGUUCCUGGUAGCCCCUGAAAUGUGAUUUAAAAAAUGUCAGUUUACUCCUGAAUCAUUUGGCAAUUCUUCAAUGUGAUUAAAUGUACACAUUUUUUCAA